AAAAAAGCAAAAAUGGAUAAAAUCUAACGCACAGAACUGGGUGUGGGGAGGUAGCUUUCAAAGUAGUAACAAAAAGACUAAAACCAGUGAAGUAAACGCCAAGAAACGAAUUUACCAGAUACCAUCACUACUAAUACUACCUACCAAUACAUAUUUUACAAUGUACCUUCACACAGAACAAGAUAUAGCACAAAAAUAUAUACAACAAACAGAAUACAUAGUUUGUAACUACAUUGAUUCUGGUGGACAGUCAAAUUACAAAUACAAAUAUAUAAAUGGUGGGAGAAGAAGCAGGGGGAGUAGGGAAGAUGAAAGGGAAUGCAGAGAUAGAUACUAGUGCGCCGUUCAGAUCAGUAAAAGAGGCGGUGGCAUUGUUCGGGGAGAGAGUUCUGGCCGGGGACGUUUAUCAUGCCAACAGGCUUCAACAGAUGAAUAGAGCGAGGGGUGAGGUAGACCACGUACCUCUGAAGAUUAACACGAUGACUGUAGAACUAGAAGAGACUAAAGAAAACCUUCAAAAGGCUAUAGAUGAAGGUAUGAUAAUGGCUACUUGUCUGUCCUCUUUACAAAAAGAGCUCCAACAAACAAAGCGCGAGCUCCAAAAGCUCAAGCAGAUAGAUCUGUACUCCAAAUAUCAAUCAAUCCUCGGUGAUCAGGUUGAAGAAGAUGUCAAGCAUGUUGAGGACGUCACAAAAUUUGAAGUACGGAAGUCAGAAACUAUAAAUCAUGAAAAAGAGGCUGAGUUUCAGAAGAAAAAAUACGUUAGAUUUGCAAAUGAACCGUGUCUUACAAAAUUCAUAGUGCCACAAGAAGAAGACCCUGUGCUGGAGAGACACCCUUCUCUGAGAAAGAAGAAGAAGAAGCCAUUGAUACCACUGAUUGGAGGGAUUUUUUCUAGGAAAAAGGGUAACAAGGAAUUUCAAUUACACAGGAUGGGCACAAGCUAAUUAGGUGGUUUUUGAAAUCUAUAAUAACUGUUACAUUAGCGGCAAUAUGCUGAAAUUCCAAAAUUACUGUAAUGAGGUAUGCCGUCAUGACAAAAUUAAUGGUGACAAGUAAUAAGGAUGAAAUUACAUCCUCCAGGUAAAGCUUGAAGAGUUACAAAUAAGAAUUACAUUGUGUAUCCAAGAAAUGCAUGAGACUGGUUGUUUUGAAGUCUUUUUUUUUUCCUUUCCCAUUCUGUGUUCGAGUAUGUCAGGAUAUCAGGGAUCAGUGACUUCAGUUUGUUCUGUUUAGUCUGAAUUUGUUGACUUAAGAGUGGUUGAGUAUGUAAGACGAAUUCAUGAAUUGUAAAUGUUAUACUAUGUGUUUUCUUUCUUUGUUUA